UGUCUCUUUAAAUACAUGCAGUGCGUGCGCGGUCGGUGUGUGUUGCUACAGCACUUGACAGCUCGUCUGUUCUGUAUCUGGCGCAUUACCAUUACAGAACGUCCGACACCUACAGUGGGAGGACACAUUUUGUCUUUUGCGUUGAAAGCAGUGAAUAUUUUAAAUGGCUUAUUUUAUUUAGCAUGCCGAAGAUCCACCAAAAAGAGGCCAUGUAACGAUCAACUCUGGUUUAAUCGAAGACGAUGCUAGGACCUAAAGACUGGUGUUGGGAUUAUGAAGACAUGAUGUAGCAAUGGAGCUGGUGAUCUGUAGCUAGCGUUUACAGUGGUGUCCGAAGACAACGCUUUACACCCAAUCGAAUUUGAACCUUUGCGAGUCAAGAUUUCAUGAAAAUGAGACUGAAGUGAUUCAUUGAUCAGGGAGAUGACGACUUUCCAGGACGUAAACUGGCUGGUUCAGGUGGCGCUCUUCUGCGCCUCGCUGUUGGUCGUCCUAGCCUGGCUCGUUCAAUUCUCACUGGCCUUGCUUCGACCUGGGCAGGGCACCAGGGUGCAGGGUAAACGGGAGACCCCUUGGCAGCUGCCCCUGAGUCUCACCCAUCAGACCCUGACGGGCGGCGUGUGGGGUUCCCUCCUAAGGCUGAGGCCGGGACGAGAUGGGGUUGGAAGUGACACCGAGGCAGGGGUCAAAGGUCUUUUGUCAUCACUCUUUGCGUUCAAGUCAUUCAGGGAGCACUGGCAGAGAGCAUGGGUGCGAGCGCUCAAUGAACAGGCCUGCAGGCAAGGGAGCUCCAUUCAAAUCACCUUUGAUGACAGCCUUCAGCUCCCAAAGUCAGCAUCCAUUGACCAUGUGACUUGUACAGACCAAUCAGCACGCAGCAUGGUCCUGCAGUGCAAUUGUUCUGUUGACACCAUAACGUUCCCCGUGACUGUCACUCAGCAGUCACCUGCAGCCGUUUCCAUGGAGACCUACCAGAUCACGAUGGAGCCCAUGCAGGCUCAGCUGAAGGUCUGUCUUGAGGAGGUGGAGGAAGAGGGUCUCCUUGUAUCCUGGACUUUCUCCAGGCAACCUCGGCUUUCUUUAACCGUAACGUCAUGCCAAAGAGUCCAUAAAGAGGGCUCUGACGGAGCAGCGGACAGCGAUAUGAUUGCAGCCCUGGUCGAGGACACACUGUACACAACACACCCCGCGAUGAUCCUCAACCUGAGAGCCUGUGUAUCAAGCCCUGCGUUUCCAAGGGCGAAGCAGCUCGGUGGUCUGAACUCUCCGUCUCAGAGCUCACUUGUCAAAAGGAUUAUGGUACAUCAGCUCAAAGCCACCAGUGUCAAGAAAGGAUGUCAGACCCAUUCUGGAGAGCUUUGUUGUGUACUGAGUCUGGACACUCCCUCCAUUGAACGAAGAACAGGCUUCCUUACACCUUCCUCUAGUACUGGAGCAGCCCUGCAUUGGACUGAUGACAUUACAUUGGAUUUAGCACCAGAAACCAAAGAACUCAAAGUGAGGCUUGUGGAGAAAAACAGCAAGGGAGAGCAGUUUUUGCCUGGUCAUGCUUCCUUACCAUUGGAUCCCUCUAGAAAGAUUCCUAAUGGACAGCACAAGCUGUCCGUCACUCCGGGUCAUGGUUUGGCUCCAACUGCUAUCAUAACAUUAGAGCUGUUGUGUUUGGAGUCCAGUGAUUUACGUUCUUGUCAGAACGUCACACCUCUGCGAUCCUCAGUCACCCCGUCAAAGAAGGUGGAUGUGGACCGCACCAUCAUGCCUGAUGGCACCAUUGUCACAACAGUGACCACCAUCCAAUCACGGCUGAAAGUAGAUCGUAAACUAGGAGACUCUCCGUCUAGGUCUCCCUCAAAGGUGGAGGUGACUGAAAAGACUUCCACUGUGCUCACCAACAGCUCACAGAGCUCCAGUGCCAGCACCACUCCCAACACAGAAGGCACGCUCCCCAAUGGGCUGGAUCCCGUAGCAGAAACAGCUAUUCGGCAACUGACCGAGUCGGCCAGUAAGGUACCCAAGAAGACGCCUACUAAACGCAGCACUCUCAUCAUAUCUGGGGUAUCAAAGGUGCCCAUUAGUGAGGAUGACUCAGGCAUAUCAGUGAGCUACGCCGCAGCCAUGGACGCGGCCCUACAGGGGGCGCAGUCUCCCAGCGGAGCCCCCAACAACCACGGCGCUGGCCCGCAUCAGGAUGCUGAAGAAACCACGCCGUCUGAUGCAUCAGAACGGCCGUCCGUGGAUGAUGCAGAGUCUGAAACGGGAUCAACCGGAGCGCUAGAGACACGCAGCCUCAAAGACCACAAAGUGGGAUUCCUCCGCAGUGGCACCAAGUUACUGUUCCGCAGGAAACACAGAGAGAAAGAGCCCAGUUUCAGUCAAUCCCAUGAGGAUGUGUCCAACCUGGGCAACGACUCGUCCACUGCAUCUUGCUCCUCCAGCAGCCGUAAGAAGUCUGGAAGCUUCUCCCGUCGCCUCAUCAAACGCUUUUCCUUCCGCUCAUCCAAGACAAAGGGCAAAUCGAGCACAGCCAAUGGAGGGGCGAACACUGCAGACAACUGAAGGAGAAAUAAAAAGCAUAAAAUGAAAAAGAAAUGGUGCAGGCACCAGUCAAAUGAGUGGCUCUAUAUUCCUCUAGAAUAAGUUAUUUGUGUUAUACUUAUCCUCCAUUCUAGAUUAUCACGUCAUCCCCAGGCAAAGUUGCUUUGGUGUUUAUAUGAUAAGAACCUUAUCCUCCACCUAUGACUGCAUCUUUUCAUGAUGGCAAACUACGCAAAAUGUGGAAGUGAUUUAAGGUUGACUGAUAUUUAAUUAAACUGGAAAAGACUGCUUUUUGGAUGGAUUGAAGUCGAACAAACAAUGGAUGAGAGUGUCGUGCAGUGACGCUUGUUGAGCACAAGGGGGCGACACAUGACUAUUAAUGCCCUCAACACUUUUGCAACGUGUUUUCUUAUUUAUUUCGUUUUAUCAGUUGCACUUUGGAUCUUAAUCUGAUUGUUUACAAUGGGGAAUCUUUUUUUUCGUCGAUUUUAUUAUGUUUGUGCAUCGUUUACUGUUAUCAGCACUGAUUUAUUUCUCCCGAGCACAUUAGGAGUGUAUGGAGAAUCGGAUACGCUACAUGCUGUGAGCUUUGUUCACGUUUUGCUGUUGUUAUACGAUGAAGAGAUCUUAUGCGCACUGUUUUUAAGUAGUGGUAUGUUUGACUUUUAAUUGUGGCUUGAUAAUAUUUUAUAAUAAUGAUGUUUCUAUUUGAUUAAGAAAAAGGAACGGGUUGUAGGCCUAACGUUAUCUCGCUAAAUUGCGUUUGUGUGUUUUGGUUGUAUAGUUGAACCCUCAAUAUGACAAGAAAACACUACAGGACAACUACAUUUGUGUAACAGUUAACUUAUAUUUAUAAAAUAAUAACUCGGUUAUUGUAGAUCUAUACCUUGUUGAGCUAACUUCACGCUGAAUUUGCAGGUGACAGUUAUAUUUUCAUGGUUCACGUGAGAACAACCUCAGGGGAUACUACAAACGUGGAGAAAUACGCUUGAUCACGCUUGUUAUUUUUUUAGAGAUGGCUUUUUGAACAAAACAGGCGUUUCCCGGUAAAUAUAGCAUAUUUCCUCUGUUCAUUUAGUUGCAAUAAAGUCAUCCCCAGGAACCUGAA